UAAAGUGAAGGUUGUGUAUCAAAAAUUGUCUUAAAUCUAGAAAAAAGCAAAUUGUUCAGGAAUUUUUGGGUGUAAUAAUUUGUUUUAAUUUAGUUCUUUUAACUUUAUUUAUGCUAAAAAAGAGAAGAAAGUGUGUGAAAGAAAUGGUUUUUAUGGAAAUUAAAUUAAAUAAUAAAGAAAAUUUGGAAAUUCGUUUUUCUAAUUUUAACAAAUAAAGCAAAUAAAUUAAACAAAAUUUGUGAAAAUUUAUAAAAAAAAGAAAAAUUCUAAAAGUUUACAAAAUACCAGAAGAAAAAAAUCAGAAAAAAAGUUUAGCAUCCACCAACCACCAACGCCCCGUUAAACGUUCGUUUGUAAAAAAUAAAAACUAAUACAAAAACCAUUUUAACAGCAAUUGAUAAAAUAAAACUUCAAAAUAAAGCUCAAAAAUUAACCGAAAAUAUAAGAAAACAAUUGGUGUAAAGUGGCCACUGUUUGAAUACGAAUGUGUUGUGUUCUCUUAAUUAAUAAUAAAAAAAUAAAUUAAAAUAAUAACAUUUUUUAAUGAAUAGUUAUUAAAUAAAAAAUUAAAAUAUUACAAAAAAAUUUAAAAAUAAAUCAAAUUUUUAAAUACAAAAAAAAAUAUAUUAUAAAUAUUAAUAAUUCAUGGUAUAAAAUUAUAAAAAAAGCUGAAAUAUUAAGUGUUCAAUUUUCUUCUUCUCCUCAAAAUAAACCGAAACAGUAUAUGUAAAUGCAAAAACAGCAAAAAUCAUAAUUUUGAUAACAACAACAACCGCAGCAAAAAUUCAACUAAAAUAAUAUAAUAUAAUUUAAGCAUCAGCAUGCAACAUCAGCAGCCACACAACAUUACGAAUGAAAUACAACCAAUUUAAAAUUCUAAAGAAAAGAAUAUAAGAAAAAACGCAGUUUUUUUCCUAAAAUUUGUUGCGCUAACCAAUAAGAUGACAGUCAGAGUCUAGAGGAAAAAUUUUUCUACAUGUAUUAACAACAAAAGUUUUUGAAAAAGGCUUAAGUGAGGCUGAGGGGAAGGUGGCAAGAAAGGCACCAUAAUAACGUACAACAUUUUCAAUUUUUCUAAGCUGCUGGUGGUUAAAGGGAAAAAUAAAGAAAAUGUAAGACAUUCGCAAACAUACAGAAAGACAUCAACUAUUUUUUUCUAUAAAGUACAAUAACAAAACAUGGCUAAUGUGCAACAAGGGCAACUAUUAUUAAAACAGCAGCAACAACACAAACAUCAUCAGCAACAACAGCAAACACAUUUACAAAAAACUGAAUAAUCUUUGUGAUUAGGACGUGUUGUACCCAAAACGCUCUAAUGCAGACGAUAUGGGCACAACAUGGCCUCAGCACAGCUUCUUUAUAAUAUCGAUACAAAACCAAAAACAACAACUAUUACUUUUACAAGAAAAACAAAAUCAAAUACUACAAAAACAACAACAUCAGCAAAAGCAACAACAAAAACGAAAACAACGAUUCAAUCAACUAUUGAACAUCAUUAUAAAGAAAAACUAUCAAUAUAUUGUAACAAAACGGAAGUUAAGCGAAAACAAGAAGAAGAGGAAGAUAUCAGCGGAAAUAUUAGCAGCAGCAGGAAACAAUACACAGACAGAAAUUCCAACAAGUACACAACAAAACCUACAAACGUAUUUCACAGCUCAUGUCGAACUAAAACAAAAGAAGAGAGAGAAAUUUUUAUUAAAGAAAAAACUACAUUCACGUACGACGCUAAAACGGAAAAUUCUCCUAACGACGACGACAUUGAUACAAAAAUUGUGUUCAUCUCUCAGCAGCAACAACAACAAGAAGAACAGAAGCAAAUAUGGCCGGAAGCGAAAAAAUGCUUUUGCUUCAAGUGCAUGCAGGCAACAGAAGCUGCAGCAACAACAAAAACAACAGAACGAUCUACAAACAGUUUGCCUACAGAUGAUGUUGUUGUGGGCCCUGCUGGUGGUGGUGUUCAACGGCAAGCAACAACUACAGUACUCAACAACAUUGACAGCAAUAAACUGUACGAGACAAAUAGUAAAAGAAAAUGUUGUCAAUUUGUUUCCACAAACAUCUACAGAAAAAACAACAGCAACAGGACAAUACAACAACAACCAAAAAAUUAUCAUAAUUUUAAUGAUGAUGAUGAUGUUUCUACACACGAUUGUAAAGGAAUUGAGGAGUUUAAUAUCCACACAAACAACAAAAUCUACAACUACAACAUCAACAACACAAAAAUGCCUAACAACAACUACAACAAUUUCAUCCUUAAAAAAUUUCUCUCAGCCUCAGGCCUUUCAGAAAAUAACAAUUUUCUGUCAAAAACUUCAAAUGAAACUACAAAAUGCUGCCAAAGAAAUGUUGCUAAACAAUGUUGCCACAACUAUAAUAAAAAACAUAAAACUAAAACAUCAACAAUAUCUUUUGUUAGCAACCAACAAAAUCAAAUACAUCAACAACAAAAACAACAACAACAACGAAAUUUCUGUUAUAAAACCAAAUUUUCUAAAACUACAACACAUCAACUACAACAGCAGCAACAACAAAAUUUUACAACAUUUUCUUCUACUACGACUAUUACAAAAUUCUAUCGAGAUUUGCAAAAAAUGUCCAAAUAUUUUUUAUCACUUUUGGUCAUUUUCAAUAUGCUGCCAUUAUUUUAUGCAGGUAAGUCUCUUUUCUCUUGAUUGAUUUUCUUUUUA